AUGAAGAGGGCAUUAAGAAUAAAAAAUAAGUUAGGAUUCAUCGACGGGAGCAUUCCUCCUCCAGCUAAUGCCAAUAACCCCUUAAUGGAAUACUGGCUCAGAUGCAAUGAUAUAAUGAUCACCUGGUUACAAAACGCACUAUCAGCAGAUAUUAAGACAAGCACUCUCUAUGCAGAAACGACACACGAACUUUGGAGUGAGCUUGAGCAUAGGCAUGCACAGCAGAAUGCACCAAGGGUUUACGAAGUGAAGCAGAACAUCGUAAACCUCGUACAAGGAAGCGACUCAGUAGGUAUUUACUAUUCCAAACUCAAGGCACUUUUUGAUGAACUGCUGAACUACAAGUCAAUACCAAAUUGUACCUGUGGAGGUUUGAAAGGUGUAACCGAUUACCAACAACGAGAUUGUGUGAUGAAAUUUCUGAUGGGGUUAAAUGAAUCUUUCAAAGGAUUGAAGGCUCAGGUGCUCUUGAUUAAGCCUUUUCCCACAUUGAAUGAGAAAUGCUGGACGGGACUCUUAGGCCGUGGUUUCUCCUCCAAAUGCAAAUCGUUGAUUAAACCGACGAAAAGCAGGAUCGAUAUGCUGCGGAGGAAGAGGAACGCUACGCUCAAGUUUCUAAAGAAAGACAUAGCUGAUCUGAUGUCUAAUGGACUGGACAUCAAUGCUUACGGGAGGGCUGGAGGACUUCUAGACGAAUUGAGGCUUUCGUGGAACAUUGAUUUUGUUGAAAAAUGUUGCGAUGUUGUAUUGAAGCAUCUAUCAGUCAUGCAAAAACAGAAUGAAUGCCCUGAAGAAUGUCGGGAGGCCAUAUCGUCCUUAAUGUCUGCAGCUGCUGGAUUUUCUGAUUUACCGGAGCUGCGUGAUCUAAGGCAUAUAUUUCAAGAAAAAUAUGGAGAUUCACUGGAAUUGUUUGUGAAUCAAGAGUUUGUUGAUAAUUUAUCAUCAAAGACUUUCUCAAUGGAGAAGAAAGUAAAGUUAAUGGAGGAUAUAGCGGCAGAGUUCUCCAUAGCAUGGGACUCCAAGGCGUUUGAGCUGAGGAUGUCCAGACCUAAUGCGUUCAUGCAGAACGAACAUAAACAUUAUGGCUCUCUUAGUGGCAAUGAAGAUGAAAAUAAAUCAAUUAAUGUGAAGGAUAUCAUUUCAAAAGGAAAUAAACACAAUGUUUCAUCCAAAGGAAGGCCAGAGCAUGCUAUUGAUGGGCAAAGGUUGUGGAAUAGCAAAGAGGACAAUGUCUUAAAAAGAAGUGAAGUUGUUUCUCAAUCGAGGCAGGAAGUCUCAAAUGAUUGGCAUCGGCCAGUUUAUGACCCAGAAGAAAACCUUCUGAUAAAGGACAACCAUGAUGUUUUGUUCCAAGGAGCGCGGCAAGUCAAUGUUAGAAAGCAUGAAGCUUAUAUUACUCAUCCUGCAGGACUCCAGCUAAAGAGCAACUUUGGAAACCAUUAUGGUGGUGAUAACAGUGCUGUCAAAUACAACAAUGCAGAUUUAAUGAGAAAAGAUCAGGAGGAUAUAACUAAACUAAAGCCCAAAGUUAAUAAUGCCCUCCCUCCUCCUUAUGUUAAGCCUAGUGUGAAGGCGAGAGACAGCAAAGAUGGAGCAUUUGCUCAUUCAAGUUCCACUUUUGAAGGUAAUGUGCCACCCGAAGAUACUCCAAGCCAAAACAGACCUUAUGCUGGUAGGUGUGAAAGGGUUGAAGUUGGAUCCAGUCAUUCUGGUAAUGAUAGACAGGUCACUGGACCUGUAAAAGUAGACAGCCAUGGUUAUGAGAAAGAUCCUAGCUAUCCAGGUGGUGACAUUGGCAACCCCCUACCAAGACCAAGAUCUAUGAGAAGAAGACACUCAAAAUCAUCAUCUAAUCAUGACGAUAUUGGCAACGGUGAAGAUAUGGGACUGAUGAAGAGAAAGCCACGAAGCAGGAGAAGGGAAAACUCAAGGCGAGGCCUGCAAAUCCUGUUUGAUGAUGAGCAUUAUCAAAAUGAUGAAGAGGAAAGAAUAAUAGAUAAGUUGUUGAUGCACUACAGUAAGAAACCUUCAUCAUAUGAACAGGGGAAGAUGAGAAAUAAGUCUAAAGGUCAUCAUUCACAUGGCCCACAUGAAGGUGGAGAAUUCCCACAGAAUGGCAACAGAAAUGGGUCAGAUGACAUGCUGGAGACAGUUCCUCCCCCUGGCCGAUCAAUUUCCCUUCCUCGUGAACAAACUGGUCCAUCUGAAGUGAAAAAGGUAUUUGCUCGUGCUGCUUCAUUCCAGCCAGAUAGGUCAAAUGCAGCGCGGCAUGUGCAUCCCAAGUUACCAGAUUAUGAUGAUCUGGCUGCUCAAUUUGCAGCACUGAAAGGGAGGUAAAGGCACUGAGAGACCAGGAUCAAUAUAUUUGCGUCAUCAAUAUGCUUGUGUUCUAUUGUAAUCUGUUACACAUUUGUUUUAAAGAGCUGGUCUGGUUCUUACUUGGACCAAGCUUUUAGUUGGGCUUUCAGCCGAUCGCAGCAAUGAGCGAGACAUUAACAGGCUUGUGUUCUAUUGUAAUCUAUUACACACAUUUGUUUUAAGGAGCUGGUCUGGUACCAAGCUUUUAGUUGGGUUUUCAGCUAAUCACAGUGAUGAGCGGGAGAUUUACAGGUUGACCUGCACCAGAAAUUGUUGUUAUUCAGUAAUCAGUAUAUAUUCUGCUUUCCAAUUUAUGGAUAACGGCAGGUGUAUGUAGCCUAUAUCGUCAAUUCAAUCCCAGAGAGCGUUGAUUGUAG